CUCUAGCAUUUUUGAGGCGGAUUUGGUAAAGGGGCAGUGCCUGCCUGAAGUGUGCAAUGCUCUGAUCUUAAGCUCAGCUUCCUGGGCCCUCACCCACCUCCUUGGACAUCUUCCUGGGCAGGAAAGCAGAAUCUCAUUCCGGAGCCAGAGGGUCUCCAAAGAAGUGCUGGCUGGUGGAGCUUCUCUGGCCUCUGCCCUCUGCCCUCUGCCCUCCUCUCUCCAAAGCAGAAGCUUUCCCCCAGCGGCACCUGCUGGGAUGGAGGAGGCUGGCCAGAGCAGAGAGAUUUCUGCUCAGAUGCCUUCCAGGUGAGCACACACGGUGCAUGCGCACACGUGUGUGUGCACAUAUAAGUGUGUGGAUGAGUGUGUACGUGGGCUGUGUGGGAGAGAACACGGACCUGCAUCCACGUGUGGAUGCGCUGGUGGGAGUCUGGGCUCCCCUCUGGGCCUUUGCCGUGCAGCCCUGUUCCCAGCCCAGAGCUCUGCUCUCUGGGCUUUGGGGCCCUGGCUUUGCACCGAGGCUUUGUUCUGUCCUGGGGACCGGCUGGUCCCCUGCUGUGGUCCCACGCAGUGGUGACUGAUCUCUGGCCACCCAUUCAGUUGCCUGGGGAGCCUGGGGCCAGUGUUUGCCCCCACCUCCCAAAAUGGGGGCGCGUGGGGGCUUCCUGCCCGGGAUCUCGACCCUGCCAAGGCGGAGGGAAUGGGGAACAGCUGCGCUGGCCGAUCCCGGCUCCGUAUGGAUUUGGUUUGACAACAAAGCUCCCUCUGUGUGUUCUCAGGACCCUUACAUAACUGGGGGCGGGGGAGGCAGGCAGGAGGAGCUGGAGAUGGGGACAAGGAGACACCAGGAUGGGGUGGUUGGAAAGGGGACAGGGACCCGGAGGAGAAGGAGAGGGAGGGCAGUGAGAGAGACCAACCAUUGAGAAGCGGGGAGCGUGGGAUGAGGGAGGAGAAACACUGACCCUGCAUUUCUGCUUCUGGCCUCCUAGGGUGGGAAGAAGCUGCAUUUCCAGGUCCUCUGACCCUGUCCUGUUGAUGCCUGCCUUCCUUUCUGGAGCCCCACCUGCCAGCCCUGGAGCUGCUGAGGAGGGGGCUGUGGGCCUGUCUGGGAGUGAGGCCAGACAGGGUUUGGGGCUGGGCCGGAGAGGCCGUCCUCACCCCGCCCUGUAACCGAUCACAUUCCCUUAAGAUGGGAACCCUUCUCCGCUGGUGCCCUCUGGCCUCUGUUCCCUCCUCCUGGGCCCCGGACCUGAUCCCAGAAGCCCCUCUGGCUCCCUCUUUGUAGGGCCGCAGCCUCUGCCUGUCCUUGUCGAGCAGCCCCGGGCCCCCGGCUCCAGAGCCUGGGCCCCCCCUCAGAGGCCCUGUGGCCCUGCUCCCUGCAGCCCCCUCCCUCAAUAGUCAGACAUUCUCUUCUCACCAUCACUGUCCCUGCAGCUGUCCAAAUAGAGGGAGAAGAAAAUGUUCUCUUUCCGGAACAGCUGGACUGACAGGCCGGGAAGGCCAGGUGGCUCGAGGCAGCCGGGAUGACAGCUCUCCCCAGGAACCCUGCUGCCUGAGAAACAUGGUCAGCAAGUCCCCUCCUCUGUGCAUGUGCCCUGCAGGCUGGAAGCUCCUGGCCAUGCUGGCUCUGGUCCUGGCUGUCAUGGUGUGGUAUUCCAUCUCCCGAGAAGACAGGUACAUUGAGCUUUUUUAUUUUCCCAUCCCAGAGAAGAAAGAGCCGUGCCUCCAGGGUGAGGCGGAGAGGAAGGCCUCUAAGCUCUUCGGCAACUACUCCCGAGAACAGCCCAUCUUCCUGCAGCUUAAGGAUUAUUUCUGGGUCAAGACACCAUCUGCCUAUGAGCUGCCCUUUGGGACCAAGGGGAGUGAAGACCUGCUUCUCCGGGUUCUAGCCAUCACCAGCUACUCCAUUCCGGAGAGCAUCCAGAGCCUCAAGUGUCGUCGCUGCGUGGUGGUGGGCAACGGACAUCGGCUGCGGAACAGCUCGCUGGGCGAAGCCAUCAACAAAUACGACGUGGUCAUCAGGUUAAACAACGCCCCCGUGGCCGGCUACGAGGGUGACGUGGGCUCUAAGACCACCAUGCGCCUCUUCUACCCUGAAUCUGCCCACUUCAACCCCAAAGUGGAGAACAACCCGGACACACUCCUCGUCCUGGUAGCUUUCAAGGCCAUGGACUUCCACUGGAUUGAGACCAUCCUGAGUGAUAAGAAGCGGGUGCGGAAGGGCUUCUGGAAACAGCCUCCCCUCAUCUGGGACGUCAACCCCAAACAGAUUCGGAUUCUCAACCCCUUCUUUAUGGAGAUUGCAGCUGACAAACUGCUGAGCCUACCAGUGCAACAGCCUCGCAAGAUUAAGCAGAAGCCCACCACGGGCCUGCUGGCCAUCACCCUGGCCCUCCACCUCUGUGACUUGGUGCACAUUGCCGGCUUCGGCUACCCAGACGCCCACAACAAGAAGCAGACCAUUCAUUACUAUGAGCAGAUCACGCUCAAGUCCAUGGCGGGGUCAGGCCACAAUGUCUCCCAGGAAGCCCUGGCCAUCAAGCGGAUGCUGGAGAUUGGAGCGGUCAAGAACCUCACUUACUUCUGACUUGGGCAGGAGCUGAACCCGUCCUUCUGCUCCCCGUGCUGAGCGGCCCCCAUCCGUGGCUGUGGGGGUGCCUGGUGCCAGCAUGACCUGCUCAGACUCACCCUCCCCUGUGUGGGGAGGAGGCCAGGUCUGAGACGAGGUCGUGCCCCUGGCUGCUCUGGUGGAGGCCGGAUCCAGUCAGGGUGGAGGCUCGGGGCAGCAGGAGCCCAGCCAAGGCCUGGGGCUGGCUGCUGUGGCACUCCCUCUCUGCCAGGGCCAGGAGAUUAUUUAAUGGGCUAUUUAAUUAAGGGGUAGGAACGUGCCGUGGGCUGGUCCUAUGGCAUCCAGAAAAGGGGGCAUCGUACAGUGUUCUGCCCACUUUUUAUAAAAACAAAAAUGAUGGACCUUCUAGGACCUAGACCCAGAGCAGGCCUCCCAGGAGGGUGAGGGCGUCUGGAGCGGGCGGUACCUGGAGUGGGUGGUGCCCUUCAGAGAGGGGCUGCUCCCUCCCAGCAGGCAUGGGGAGAGCACUGGCAUAAGGGUUCCAUGCAGAAGGGGAAGACAUCUAGAAAAGAGGUUACAGACUUAUCAUUAAACUAUUUUUCCUAAAACAGAA